AUGGCACGUCACCGGCUCCCAAAAAUCGUCUGCUUUUUCUCGCAGAUUUUGCUGGUUGGUCUGUGUGUUGCCUCGUUUAGCCUAGCUUAAAUCUGUUCAAAGAUUAUUUACUCAAAAUUCGUAUAUAUAUUAGUAGAUUUCAAAAAAAUGUUCAAGAAAUUCGACGAGAAAGAAAACAUAUCUGGGUUUCAGCAGCUUAAAACGUCAGUUCAGAAAGGAAUUAGGUCUAAAAUAUUGGAACAGUACCCAUACAUUGAGAAUUGUAUCAAUGAUGUGCUACCCAAGAAAGAGCCAUUCCGAUUGAUGAAAUGCCAUGAACACAUUGAAGUCUUAGUAGGGGCCAAUGGAGACUUUUUGUUCUUUAGACACAGGGAAGGGUUUUGGGUCCCUACUCUUCGUCUUCUGCACAAAUAUCCCUAUAUCUUACCCUGGCAGCAAGUAGAUAAGGGAGCCAUCAGAUUUGUCCUUAGUGGGGCAAAUAUCAUGUGCCCUGGCUUAACUUCACCUGGAGCUAGAAUGACUCCUUGUCCAAAGGGAUCCAUUGUGGCAAUCAUGGCUGAAGGAAAACAACAUGCUUUAGCUGUGGGCAUCACAUCAAUGUCUACUGAGGAUAUAUUAUCAGUUAACAAAGGAGUUGGAGUGGAAAAUUAUCAUUAUUUAAAUGAUGGUUUGUGGAUUCUUAAGCCAAUGAAAUAAACUUUUGCUAUUCAAAUGCCAAAACAAAA